AUGGUCUCGUACUUCGCCCACGCCAGCCCACCAUACAAUGCACUUUGGACCAUUCAACAACAGCACUACGGCCAGACCCCGGGCCCUUCUCGCGGCGGUGAUGACAAGGCUGGCGUGGGAGAAGUACGAGACUAUCGACGUGGUGGUGGUGAAGCUGGUGGAAAAGGGCUGCCUCGUAAGGAUAUCCUUGAUAAGGAGCUGGAGGCCGUGGGAGUUGCAAGGCAUGAAAAACAUGUGCUGAGUCUCCUGGCGCUGUGA